AAAUGUUUAAAAUUCCCCUUUUUUUUUUAAAUGUAUUCUAGGUAGUCUCUGCACAAUUUCCCAUCCCCAAAAUUGCUUUGCUUUACCGUUAGCUAGCUAGCUAGCGAGCAGGACUAGAAGUAGGAGCUCCUUUACCCCAAACGACGCAGCCGUGGCAUCCUAUCCUACGCACCCAGCGCACGAUAAUAUAAAAUUGCGCUGCCCAUCACCGCCACUUCCGCCUGCGCUUCCAUCACCACCACCACUUUCUGCCGCCGCGAUGGAGGCUCCGUCUACUCCUUCCAAAUCCAGAAACCCUAAUAAAUUCCAAAGCUCCUCCUCCUCCUCCAGCCAUCACCACUCCGCAAUGGCGCGAAAAUCCUCCCUCGUCAAACAAACCAUCGUCUGCUCCGCCUGCUUCGUCCUCGUCCUCUACGCCUUCUUCAACACUUUCCUCCACCCCACCGACUCCCCUCCUUCUCCCCUCUUCCCCGACGGCGUCGUCCGCGAUGACGUCUUCGUCGGCUCCACUGCUGCGAGCAAGGUCAAGGUUUUCAUGUACGAUCUCCCCAGGCAAUUCACCGUCGGCAUCAUCGAGGGCCACGCUAGGGCUCGCGGCUCCUCCGAUUUCUCCAAGUCGAGGUACCCGGGACACCAGCACAUGGGGGAAUGGUACCUGUUCGCCGAUCUGAAUCGGACCGAGGAGGAGCGGGUCGGAUCGCCCGUCGUCAGGGUCUACGAUCCGGAGGAGGCCGACCUGUUUUUCGUCCCGGUGUUCUCUUCUCUCAGCUUGAUCGUGAACACGAAUCGGCCCGGGGCGGAUCAGGCCUACAGCGACGAGAAGAUGCAGGACGAGCUGGUGCAGUGGCUGGAGCAGCAGGUGUACUGGCGCCGGAACAGCGGUAGGGAUCACGUGAUCGCCGCCGGAGAUCCCAAUGCGCUCUACCGAGUGAUGGACCAGGUGAAGAACUCGGUGCUCUUGCUGUCCGAUUUCGGCCGCGUGAGGCCCGAUCAAGGAUCGCUGAUCAAGGACCUGAUUAUACCGUACGCUCACCGGAUCAACUCUUAUACCGGCGAAUUGGGAGUGGAGAAGCGGAACACACUGCUCUUCUUCAUGGGCAAUCGGUACCGGAAAGAUGGAGGCAAAAUUCGGGACUUGCUAUUCCAAAUGCUGGAAACCGAGGACGAUGUGAUCAUAAAACACGGGACGCAGUCGAGGGAGAAUCGCCGGGCGGCCACUCGCGGGAUGCAUACUUCAAAAUUCUGUUUGAAUCCGGCCGGGGACACUCCGUCGGCUUGCAGGCUGUUCGAUGCGAUUGUUAGCUUGUGUGUUCCUGUGAUCGUGAGUGACAGCAUUGAGUUGCCUUUUGAAGAUGUGAUAGACUAUAAAAAGAUUGCAAUCUUCGUGGGCACAAAAGCUUCUCUGAGACCUGGCUACUUGGCUAGUUUGCUGAGAGGAGUAAGCACAGAGAGAAUUCUGGAGUUCCAGAAAGAGCUGAAGCAGGUAAGCCACUAUUUCGAGUAUGGGGAACCAAACGGAGCAGUGAAUGAGAUAUGGCGUCAAGUUUCGCAGAAGCUACCACUGAUAAAGCUGAUGAUAAAUCGUGAUAAAAGGCUCAUAAAGAGGGACUUGAGUGAGCCAGAUUGUUCUUGCCUGUGUACAAACAAGACUGGCUUCGUAACCUCCAUAUGAUGAUGAGUAGGAUUUUGUCUUUCCGUGUCUGCGAGCUAGUGGUACACAACGAUCCCCGAGAGACUCUUUUAGGCACAUCCUGAAUCGAAAUCCUGGCAAUGAGAAGAUGAAUGGACGAUGAUGGUGGGCUGCUGCAGAAUGAGUUCAGUUUGUGCCCUAUACUUUCGGGUCUUGCCUGCUCCUUCAACAGGGAAGGUUACCAGCGAGAGAUGAUUUUGUCAAAGGCUUACUUUCGACAGCAAGCAUAGUUGUAUAUUUAUUUUCUCCCUCUAUUUACCUUGUAUCCUCACAAAGAAAUGCGAUUCAUUAAUUUUAUACAUCUAGGCAAAUGAUAAGUUGAUCACAAUGUUCUAAUUAAAAGAGUUUCCCUCAUCAAAAUCAUGGGUUACGUAUUUUCAAAUUCUUCUGUUAGGAACCUUUGGUUCGUCCAUUCCUUCACAGGUUCACUGUGUCUAAUGUGCAAAGGACAAGACCUAUCAUCUUUUUCAACUUGUAUUGACCCUCAGAGAGUUCUAACUCGCUCACGAUAGGCCAUCCUUAAGUUCUGAACAUUUCAAAUCUCAAUUUCAGCGACACAGUGGAACCGUGAAGUUGAGUACAGGUUGAUUCCAUGGAUUUCGCCUGUUUGAUUGGCCAAUCUUCUUUAGUCAUGCUACUACUAAUGGAAACAAUAGAAAGAGGCUGAAAUGAGGGAUGGAAUUUGCUCCGAUCGCCAUGAGCGGAAACCUGCACGCUGAAGUUUCCAGCUGCGGUGUAGUAGACGUUGCAGCAGGCGCAACAAUGGUGAGAAAUUCGCUUGACCUGGACAUGCAGGUGGAGAUGAUAGAUUGACCUGGAUUAGCAACCCACAGAGAUCAUCACUGGCAGUAGGAAACAAUGGAUGAAGGAGCACUUACUGCAGACCAAAAGAUGAAAGAUUGCUGCUUACAGGCAAGGCAGUAGGACCACUGUUGAUAUCCCACCCGAAACCCAUCAACUAGGCCCUUCCUUCUCUGCAACUAUUUUGGCAGCAUAGAGAAGUUGGCCUAGGAUUUCUCCAUGCCUGGCAUGAAAGCAUGCGAAAGGCAGAGUGCGUUUUGGCAUCCGAUGAAGGAUGGGAACAAUUAAAACGAGAGCAAAAGGAGUAAAUGCAUAGUGACAUUGUGAAAGAGUGAUUUGCCUAAUAAGACGCACAUCAGCCAGAAAGUGACUUCCUUCAAGACAAUGCUGCAAAACAUGUAACCUCCAGUUCAUCUCAAGCAUGUAAAUGCUUGCUAUCAAUGAAAGGAAAAAAUGUUCGGUAGAGCUGCAACUACACAAAAGCAAUUGACUUGUAUGUGCUUUGUUUUUAGGGUGCAUCUAUAUCUAUCUAUCUAUAUCUAUACUAUAUAUUAUGGCAAUUCAAAAGUAACUUCUUGUCACAUAAGCAUUUGGAGAAUUCACAAGUUGCCAAGGUGGACACCUUUUUUUGCAAACAAAAAAUUCAUUAUUGAUCUAUUUAUGGAGCUAUCUCUCUCUUCUUUUAAUAUUUCUACUCAUUUUUACUAAAAAUUAAUAAUAAAUGACCUUUUUUAUGAAAAUGUAAACAAACACACAAAAGUAUAAUAUUUUUGUCAAUUAAAAAAAAUAAAUAUGGAAAUAGAGUGUGACUGUAUUGAAUUUGAUUAAAUAAAAAGUAUAUGAUUAAAUCUUAUCAAGUAAAUUUUCUUACUCAUUUUCACCAAAACUUAAUAAUAAGUUACAUUUUGA